UAUAAAUAUUGUGUUUUUUAAAAAAUGUGUUACAAAAAACUAGUAAUAAUUAAUUAUAUAAUAAUAAUAUGGGAAAACACCUAAAAGUAGUACUGUUUCCUAUUGACGCUGUCGGACACGUUAACUCGGCCACUGGUAUCGCACAGGUAUUACUAGAGGCCGGCCAUCGGGUAAUAUUUAUUAUUAGUGAACAGUGGAGAGGAAAGCUAUGCAAAUAUGGUAUUGAAGAACUGAUACUCGAUGAGGGAGAUAAAAAACCUACCGGUGCUGAGGACAGUAGUAAUAGUGGUGGCGGUGCUGAUGAUGCAGCCCUACAAUGGGCUAACCUUAUGAAACAAACCGAUACGUUCACCAAUUUAGAUCCACUUGUACGGCUGGUCAAUGUCCGUAAGCACCUGUAUAUGAGCGAAAUGAAACGUUUGGAAACAGUUAAUCAAUCCAUUGAACGCCUGCUUCGGGAUCUCAGACCCGAUAUCGUACUAACCGAUCAGUUUAUGACAGUACCGGCUAUUAUGACUAGUGGUAUACCUUGGAUCUGGUGGUGCAGUCCUAAUCCAUUGGUGUUUAUUGAUGACGACCGUACGCCACCCGGUUGUUCAGGUUUGCCUACAACUGGUCCCAAAUCCGAGUGGCAAUCAUUCAGAAAUGUCGUCAACGAGGCAUCACUAGAGUCGUGGACCUAUUGGAACUCAUAUUGUAUGGGACAGGGAUGUCAACCGCUAGACAAAUAUCGUUACCAACAUUUCUCUCCUUAUCUAAACAUUUAUGGUUUUCCGCUGGAGUUAGACUAUCUGGACAUACGUCCAUUGCCUGACAAAUGGCUACGAUUUGACAAUCUUAAGCGCCAGGAGGUCAACACUGGACCCAAGUUUGAAAUACCGGAGUCAUUGCUGGGAAAACCGGGAAAAUUAGUAUACUUUUCGUUGGGCUCUAUGGGCGGCGCCGAUGUUGACCUAAUGAAACGUUUGGUUGGAAUUUUGGCCAAAUCCAGGAACCGGUUUAUUGUGUCGAAAGGACCGGGCGAUCGACUAUACGAUUUGCCUGAUAAUAUGUGGGGCCGACGCAGUGUACCGCAGAUACAGGUGCUGCCAGUUGUCGAUCUGGUCAUAACACACGGCGGCAAUAAUACCGUAACCGAAACCCUGUAUUUUGGUAAACCAAUGCUAGUAUUGCCACUAUGGGGUGACCAGUGGGACAAUGGCCAGAGGAUUGCCGAAAAAGGAUUGGGAUUGUCACUGAAUGCACACAAAUGUACUGAAGAUGAACUAAUCAAAGCAGUCGAUAGUCUACUAGAGGAUAGCCUACUGGAGAAACGGUUAGCCAAAAUAGCACAGAGAAUACAAUCGGAUAAUAGUAUUGGAAAAUUGCCGGAAAUUAUUGAAAAUUUAUUAGAUAAAUAAAAAUAAGACAAUUAAUUAAUUAAUUAAUAAAAAAAAUUUUUACAA